AUGGCGGAGCGUGGAUCGGGCGCCCUGGACCUGGACCUACCCCACAUUCGAGCUCGGAGCACCAAAAUCGAAAAUGCCGGCCGCUCCGAGCACCUGAUCGGUAUGCUACUGCUGCUAACGGUGGCAGCUCUGUGGGGGUCCUACAGCCCGGUGCUCAAGUUUCUGUUCUCCCAGCCAAGCCCCCCGAGUGCCGCGCUCGUGACGGCGGCCCAGGCGCUGCUGGCGGCCGCCUUCCUGCUCGCCGGGAGCCUCCCACUCGGAAACAGAACAGCCACCUCCACCUCCACCAGCAGCAGCAGCGGUUUGGGCGCCUGGGCCGGACGCGGAGAGAGCGACAAGACGGGGGCCGCAGCUGGGGUCCAGGCGGUAGCGACAAGGUGGAAAGCUGCUGCGGGUCCCGGUCGGGUGAUCACGUCCCGCUUGCGGUCAGCCAUCCGGUCGGGUGCUGCCGCGUUACGGGGCCUUAUGGUUCGCAUGACGGGAGGGAGGCGGGGUCGCCGGAGAGAGACGCUCUUUCCCGCCGCCCUGCCGCGGCUGCCAGGGCUAGGGCUAGGGCUAGGCGGCGAGGAGUCCACCGCCAGACAACAAAAAGACACUCAUGACCAGCAACAAGGGCUGCAAGGCACCCGGCACGUGGUCUCACCGGGCGCUCAUCCAUCCGCAGCCGCAGUGUCCUCCUCCGACCUGCCGGGUGACGAGGGGGCCGCGGCGGCCGCCAGCAGCCCGUGUGGGAAGGGGCCUCACGAGGGCGACCAGGAGCCCCGGCUGCUGGUGUCGGCUCGGAGCUGCCUAAGCCAAGAGGAGACCCCGCAACCACCGCAACCUCCACAACCGCCACAACCGCCGUCAACAGUGGAGUCCGUCCUGAGCGGUGUUGUGGCUGAUGGCGCUGGGGGGGAGUCUGACUCGGGUCCCGCUGCUGGGGCCCCCCGGCGGGCCCCUCCAAGCGGGGGCCCCCGAGGGGGGGGUCGGAGCCCCAACCUGUUGGCGGCUCCACUGGGCAGCUUGGCAGCUGUGGGAGUGGAGUUGGGCACCUACAGCUUCUGCGCGGCCGCACUCGGCGCCUGGGGUGUUGAGCGCAUCAGCGCCACCAAGGUCGCCUUUCUGGGCCAGGCCACCAGCCUCAUCACCCCCCUGCUGGUGGCGCUGAGCGGCCAGAGGGUGGCGGCGGUGGUGUGGGGGGCCUGCUGCUUCGGAGUGCUGGGGGCCGCCAUGGUGGCGCUGGACGGGUCCGGGCGGACGGCAGCAGCGGCCGCAGCGGCAGUAGCCAUCACGGCGGCUGGCAGUGGCAGUAGCAGCAGUGGGCCCGGUAGCGUAGCGGGGCUAGGGGGGAUCGACACAGCAGGACUAACGGCCGCGGCGGCAGCAGCAGGCGCUGGCAGUGUUGGGGGCGCUGUGGGGGUGUCUCGUUCCAUGCGUCUAGAGACAGCCGGGGUGGACGGGGGGCCGGCUGGGUUGGCGGCACACGCGGGCCCCCGGGUGCUGACCUGGGGCCGUACCUCACUCGCCCCGGCCGUGUCCCGGGAGAGCAUGGGCGCCAAUUACGUGUUGGCCAGCUGCGUGUUCUACGCUCUGGGCACUGUACGACUGGGUGUCCACAGUGGGAGGUUCGCCCCCCUGGAGCUGGCAGCUGCUGGGGCCCUGGUGUACGCGGGGCUGUCGGUGUUGUGGCUGCUGGUGGAGGUGCUAGUCAGUCAGUCAGUGCUCGGUCAGAGGAUAGUACCCGCCGCACAGGCCCAGAUGCUGUACAGCAGCGCCCCCUUCUGGUCAGCCCUGAUAGCCCAGGUGCUGCUCAGGGGGCGGGACGGGGUCAUGGGGCCCCUAGCCUGGCUGGGGGGCGCCGUCAUGCUGGGGGCCUCGCUGCUGGCGUCGCUGCUGGACUCGGCGCGAGGGAGAGCACUGGGGAGGUCCGCUGGUACGGCUGGUACGGCAGUAAUGGCCCAUGUUCCUGGUGGGGCUUAUGGGGGUGCAGGGCCCUUACCUAGCCGCGGGUCCGGAGGGGGAGUUCCCGGAGGGGUGCCUGCCCGCGGGGAGAGCGCUCGGGAUCGAGACCUCUGA